CUCCCUCAAAGGCUCAAAACCCUAACAAGCUGUGAGCCGACUCUCUCGAGCGCCUUGCACUAACACUCUGCGCCGCCUGCGGCCUGCCCCCAGGCCCUAACUCACGCACCAUCGCGAAGUCCUCGACCUCAAGCUCACUACCUUCUAGAAUACGAGGAUCACCAGCGCCGCCGCAUCGGGCCGCUGGCCCAUGGACAAGCUCCGCGUCCACCGCUGUACCGGCGACGCGGUCGAGUGGUCCCCCUCCCCUAUCGUCGCGCUCGCCGCCUCUCCUUGCGCCUCUCAGGUCGCCGCCGCGCGUGAAGACGGCUCACUCGAGCUCUGGCUCGUCUCCCCGGGCUCCGUCGGCUGGCACAACCAGCUCACUAUACAGGGGAACGACGAGUCGAGGGUCACAUCACUGGUGUGGGGGCGGAGAGGAGGUGAAGCGACCGGCCGGCUGCUCUCGUCCAGCGUUGAUGGGUCGGUUUGUGAAUGGGAUCUAUUCUACCUGCAGCAAAAGGUGUCUCUCUUCGCAUGCUUACACUCGAUUUUCUCGUGGAAUCGUCAAUUCCGAACUGUCAGAUGCUGGGAUAUGCAUAAAACUGAUUGUUCUAGAUACUGUUGGAAUUCCAAUCUGGCAAAUGGCAAUUGAGCCUUCAGUUGAUGCUAAAAAUACUGAAAAUAAUAGCUCAGAGUUUGCUGUCAAUGGCCAUCCAAACCAAAAUGACUCCAGCGAUUCUGACUUAAGUAACAUUGAUGAUGGUGAUAACUCUGAGGAUGAAGAUGGUUCUACCAACACAAUAUCUUCAUAUCAUGUGAAUGAUUUCCAGCGACUGGCUCUUGCGUGUGAUGAUGGUUCUGUACGAUUGUAUAAUGUGCCUGAAUCAGGUGCAUUGACUUACUAUAGGUCUCUUCCAAGAGUGAGCGGGCGGACUCUAAGUGUGGCGUGGAGUAGUAACGCCAAAUUUGUAUUUUCUGGCAGCAGCGAUGGUUUAAUCAGAUGCUGGGAUUCAACAUCUUUCCAUGAAAUGUAUCGUAUCACUGUUGGAUUGGGAGGGGCUAGUAACUCACCUGAACUUUGUGUCUGGUCACUAUUGUUUCUGAGGUGUGGAACUAUUGUUAGUGGAGAUAGUACCGGGAGUGUACAGUUUUGGGAUAGCCGCCAUGGAACACUUCUGCAAGCUCACUCUUAUCAUAAAGGCGAUGUGAAUGCACUAACAACUGUGCCUAGUGGGAACAGGGUAUUUUCCGCAGGGUCUGAUGGGCAGGUAAUUUUGUACAAAAUAUCAAAAGAUGAAUUCGGUGCUAGUAAAAAUGUGAUCAAAGAGCAAGUUCAGAAAUGGGUCUAUGUGGGAUAUCUCAGAGCUCACACUCAUGAUAUAAGGGCAUUAACCAUGGCUGUGCCUAUCUGUAGAGAAGAUGCAUUACCUGAGGAAAAGGUGGUGAAGAUUCGCCGGCGUGAAAAACAUGAAUUCAGCUACCACAGAUGGGCUCAUCUUGGGGUUCCGAUGCUUAUAUCUGGUGGUGAUGACGCCAAGCUGUUUGCAUAUUCAGCAAGAGAGUUUACUCAGUUCUCACCUCAUAACUUCUGCCCUGCACCUCAACACCCUUUGAUAAAGCUGGCUAGGAAUAGCACAGUCAAUGGAGAUUAUGUAAUGCUUGUCCAGUCUUCGAACUUCUUGGAUGUUUUACUUGUGACAGUUCAGAACAAGCUGACGACUCCAAGUACAUCAUCAUCUAGAGGAGAUGCUACAGUCCGACAACUUGUUCGUUUGAAAAGCAAGGGGUCCAGAAAAAUAAUUUCUAGUGCUGCCUGUGCCAAUGGAACACUUUUGGCCUAUUCAGAUGGUGUGAGACCCUGCCUCUUUGCACUAAGACAUAAGGGUGGAAAGAAGUACACCCUUGACAAAUUAGAGCUGCCAAAAGGAUUGCCCUGUUCUCAGAGUAUGCUGUUUACUGUGGACUCGUCCAAUUUGAUACUUGCUGGGCGUAAUGGAAAAAUAUACAUCAUUGACAUUGCAACAAGAGAAAUUUCAAAUGUAUUUCACCCUACAAGAAGGGCAGAUGGAGCAAAAAUCUCAAGAGAACCACCUGUAACGAAGAUGUUCCUAAGUGCAGACGGGCAAUGGCUAGCUGCGGUUAACUGCUAUGGGGAUAUUUAUGUAUUUAACCUUGAGGUGCAAAGACAACACUGGUUCAUAUCCCGAAUGAAUGGUGGUUCUGUUACAUCUGGUGGUUUUUGCCCUAAGAACAACACACUUAUCAUAACUACAUCUAAAAACGAGGUGUAUGUAUUUGAUGUGGAAACAAAACAACUAGGUGAAUGGUCCAAGCGAUAUACGCACCAGUUGCCCAGAAGUUUCCAGGAAUUUCCUGGAGAGGUCAUUGGCCUAUCAUUUUCUCCGCAAAGCUCGUCAUCGGUUAUUGUAUACAGUACCAGGGCUAUGUGCUACAUUGAUUUUGGAUUGCCAGUAGUUGAGGAUGUUGACUUGCCAAAUGGAUCAGCUGGAGCUGCAGAGAAGUCGGACACAAAAAAAAUUAAAAAAGCAAGGCAGAAACGUAAGGCCCAUGAUGAAGAGUCUAAACAAGAGAAAAGGAAUAACUUAAGUUUUUUUGCGUUUAAAGAACCAGUGCUCUUUGUUGGGCACCUACUGGACAGUUCAAUUUUAAUAGUAGAGAAGCGAUGGAUGGAUGUAGUUGAAGGUUUUGGCGCACCGGUUCACAGACAUAUAUAUGGCACAUGAUUCUUUCUAACAUCAAACUUUGGCGCCCGUGACAAGCAGACCAUUAUUUUUGUUUUUGCAUUCGGCCUCGAGUAUGUUACCGGUUGAAAGGGCUCCAAGUUUUGCAGUACAAAGUGGCAGCUGCAUCUAAUCUUUAGAAUUGGGGACUCUGGCAAUUGUGUAGUGUUAUUUUGUUCUCGAGUAAUGCAGUUUUUCAUACCUUGUCACUGCGCAAAAUUGUCAGAUGUAAAAACUGUAUAACUAUGUUAUUGUUAGUUUAUAUCUGCUGUUCGUCUCAAGUAGCAUGUUGUCUGUAUAAAGGCCCCAUUGACGGCCGAACUGUUGUGUCGCACUAUGUGAUAAAUUAGUUAUUUAUAGCGUGUUUGGUUUGAGAAAUGAGAUAAUCCAUCUUCUCA